GAGGCCGUCGCAGGGGCAGACUUGGCGUGGCCAGAAAUAACUUCUCUUUCCCGUGCCUGGAGCCGUACCUGAAGGCGGCUAUGGGCGCACUGAGCCCAAGACGGGGGAUGCGAGUAAGGCUAAGGGACCCGGAAGGGGCGUGGCUUCCGCCUCACAGAGGGCUCCGCACCGAUUACGUCACUUCCGUAAACAAAGGGCGCUGCGGAGGCGCGGGUCCCAAGCUGGUGAUCGGGACUCUUGCUACAGCUGUAGCAGAGGCUUUGGACGCUCUCUGACCUUUUCCAGUUGCGGAAAAGGAUCAUAGCCUCUUCCUAUGUUCCCUACUUAGGUCUUAUGAAGCUGCUGUUGAUGCAACAAAGAACUUGAAGCAAUGGAAGAACGGAAAGCGAAGAGGAAGAGUCCCAAGUCUUUCAGUGCCCACUCUACUCAGGUUGUCAAUGCCAAAAAAAAUGCCAUCCCAGCUAGUAAGAGCACAGGUUUUUCAAAUCCCACGGCACAGUCAACGUCCCAGCGGCCAAAGUUAAAGAGAGUGGUGAAAGAAAAGAACAAGCCUCCAGGAGGAGAAGGGAAGGGGGCUCAGUCCACGCCCAUCCAGCACUCCUUCCUCACAGACGUCUCCGAUGUCCAGGAGAUGGAGCGCGGGCUCCUCAGUCUGCUAAAUGAUUUCCACUCGGGAAAGCUGCAGGCCUUUGGAAAUGAAUGUUCCAUAGAACAGAUGGAACAUGUCCGGGGAAUGCAGGAGAAAUUAGCUCGCUUGAAUUUGGAGCUCUACGGGGAGUUAGAGGAACUUCCUGAGGAUAAGCGGAAAGCAGCCAGUGACGCCAACUUGGACAGGCUCCUGUCGGACGUGAGUGGAGUGCGCUAUGUUCAAAACCAUCUCGCAGCAGUGCACACACAACACAGCCCAAACUUUAGCUAUCAGAAUUUUAACUGUAUAUGCUCAUAUUCUAUAUAUGUGAGAUCAUUUAUAGAAAGUGUUUUGCGGUCAUUACCACCGUCUAGUUCUGCAACAUUUUCUCUACCCCCUAAAGAGGCCUGUUCUUUAGUUUGUCCUCCCAAUGCCCUAGCAACCGCUCACGCACUUUUAUCUUGAUGAACUGGCCUCUGUGGCACCUCAUACACAUGGCAUUAUGCAGUAUGUGCCCUCGUGGGAUGGGGGUUCUCUUAGUGUGGUGUCCUCAGAAUUCAUCUCUUGUUACACUUGACUCUCUAAAGAAACACAAUCUAACAAAUGCUUGAACUUAGAUUUGUGGAAGCAUGUAUAACCGUAAUCCUGGCAGACUUCUAAAGAAAAUGCUUCUGUACAUUUUUAUGUACAUAUUAUUAUAUUACAUUAUAUAAGGAAGGCCUGUAUUAUACAGAGACCUUGUUCAUAUGUGGAUCAUAAGUCCAUCGAAGACACCAGUCAGAAGCCCUCUCUCUGCUCGGAUGGUUACUUAUUUGUAAAUACAGAGCCGUAUUGGUCCCUACAGUAAUUCAGCACAUUGCCAAAUUGGUCAGCUUAGUGCUACCAUAACUAGAAAUUUAUUUUCUCCAAGUUUUGGGAGCUGGAAAUUGGAGAUCAAAAUGUCACCUAAGGGUUCAGUUCUCUACUGUGGGUUGUCAUCUUAAUGCUCAUGUAAGUCUUCUCCUGUGCACAUGGGUCUAGAUCUCCUGUUUUUGUUAAAGUCAUAUUGGAUUAGGGCUCCCUCCGUUGACCUCAUUUUGACUGAUUACCUCUUUAAAGGUUCUGUCCCCACAUACCCACAUAUUCUGACAUGUUGUGACCGACAUGAGUUGGGAAUGGAGUGUGGGGCACAACUCAGCCCAUAACGUCUUGUAAAUUUGCCUCUUUAAAACCUUUUUUAGGGAGCUGAAAAGCUGACUCAGCGACUAAAACUACUCGCUGCUCUUGCAGAGGACCCAGAUUCUGUUCCCAGCACCCACAUGGCGGUCCUCAACCAUCUCUAGAUCCAGUUCCGGGGAUCUGAAGCCCUCUUCUGGCCU